ACAGCUGCAGUUCUCCAGUCAAAAUUAGGAGAGCGACGAGAGAGUAAAACCAUUUUUGUGAAAGACAGUCGGUCCUCGAGCAGAUCUUCUGCAAAGGUAUCUGGCUAUGGGAGGAUGAAUGUUGUUCUGUUGAUGAGAGUGAAGAGGAAACAAUAGUAAUCAAAACAUUUAUGUAAUUUUUCUUUCAGACAAAUGAAAGAAAAAUCAUUGUCUGAAUUUUAAACGAUCAGCACAAGUGUGAAGCUAAAGAGUCCGCUCCCACAAUGAAGGGGCAGAGGCGUAAACUUGCAUCUGUGCCAAAUAUCGAGGGUGAGAAAGAAGAGGUUCCUACAUCAACAUCUGGGACCAAGCUGAAGACAUUUUUGGAGGAUCUGGGAUUGGAUCAGUUCUACAGGGAGAAGCUGUCACUCAACAAGAUACUGGAGAUCAAUGAGAAGACCAUCAAUGAUGAGCCUCCAAAGUGUAAAUCUGAUCUUUCAUGGCAUUUUCUCAAGAAACUGAUGAUGGUGAAUGUAACAGCUAGAAAGAUAAAAUCAGUUUCUAUGUCUAACCAAGAUGAUGAAUUAGAACCUGAUGAGUUAAAUUUGGAUGAUCUGCUUGCUUGUACAAAUGAGGGUGACUCUGUAAAUCCUCUUGAUUUAAUCACUGCUCUCUUCCUGUGUUCUGAUGGGUUUGUUCAUCAAGAAUUAGCUCUAAAAAUGUCCAUGUGUCAGUUCUCUGUUCCUCUGCUGCUUCCUAACUGUGGUACACAGCAGUGCACCCUCAUGCUGUGGGCCAUGAAAGACAUUGUUAAGAAGUACAGACCUUCAAAUCUUUCAGAAUCAAAAGGCUUCAUAGAAGAAAGAAUAGUUCUUUCUGAACUUCCAAUGAUCUCAUUUGUGAGACUGGGUGAGUGCUCUCUGUCCAAAUCAGAGAUCCUCAAUAAACUUUUAAACAACCCAGAUGACACCUUUGUUCACCGUGACAUGGAGUGUGGAGACAUUCAGAGAAGAAUAUCCAAUGGACUGACUGAAAUGACCUGGUUCCUUCCCUGUGGAAACAAAAACAUGGACAUCUUCAGUGAACCAGUUGCUAUAGCUAACCUUCGUGGAGACAUUGCUUCAUUUGAAACUCAAUUCUCCUUUUUGUGUCAGACAUCUGCUGCAGUUUUUGUUUUCUUUGACCAGCUGGACUCUGAGUGUGAACUGCUGAUGAACAAAAACCAUAAAGCUCAAAUCUUCUUAGUGGGAAACCAACAGAGCAAGAGCCUUACUCCAGAUGUUCUGAAGAAAAUAACAACCAAUCUGGGCUUGACAAGAAACAACAUAAUUAUAAAAUCAAAACAGACAAAUAAUGCAGAUUUUGUCAAACAAUUGAGGAAAAGAGUCAGUGAUGUAAUUAAUAACCCCCAGAGGAAGAUGUCUGUAAAGAAGAUGGCUGAUGUUGCAGCUGAACUGGGAAUCAUAGUUGAUGAAGAUUCUCCAGAGUGCCAAGAUGGAAAGAUGAAAGCUGAUGAAAUCACUGCAGAGAUUGAAGACAUACUGAAAUACAAAAAAGAUCAACUUCCGUUACAAGAUAAAAUAUGGAAGGAACUGACUUGUUUAGAAAAGGAAGAAUUUCGUCUCCGAAAAGUUGGUUCAGAAAACAUUGAAAAUUACAAAAGCAAACUUCAGAGCGAGAGAAAAGAACUGAGGAAAAAGCAAAAUGUUUCUGCAUUGUCCAAAGCAAUGACAUGCUUCAUUACUGCAAUAUCCAGCCCACAUAGAGAAAGGUAUUACUUUCUGAAAUGGAUGAGAAUGAACCUCGACAACUUGUCUCAAACAAAACUUUCUGGCCUCAGGGAGCUUUAUAAGGAAAAAUGCAAAGAUUCUGAAAACAAACAGGAGAUCAAAGAAAUAGACCAACAACUUUCCAGCAGCUCACUGGGAGUUGAGCACUUCUUCCGUGAAAUGGGUCAGAUCUAUGAAGCUUCCCUUUACCUUCCAGAAACAGAUCCAUCACGUCAACAACUGCAACAUCUGCCCAAACUCUGUGCUCAGUUGUUGCUGGAUGGAUUUCCUCUUGAGCUUGUAGAUGGAGAUGCUUCCAACAUUCCUCUCAGAUGGGUGAGUGAUGUUCUCUCUCAGCUCAAUGACUUGGUGUCUCCAAAGAACAAGAUCCUGGUCAUCACAGUUCUUGGAGUUCAGAGCACAGGGAAGUCCACUCUCCUUAACACCAUGUUUGGAGUUCAGUUUGCAGUCAGCAGUGGUCGAUGCACUAGAGGUGCCUUCAUGCUGCUCAUCAAAGUCAAUGAAGACUUCAAGAAAGUUCUCAACUGUGACUUCAUGAUGAUCAUCGACACUGAAGGCUUAAAGUCACCAGAGCUAGCACAGCUGGACAACAGCCAUGAACAUGACAAUGAGCUGGCAACACUUGUUGUUGGUCUGAGUGACAUCACCAUUAUCAAUAUUGCAAUGGAGAAUUCAAUAGAAAUGAAAGACAUCCUGCAGAUAGUGGUGCAUGCUUUCCUCAGGAUGAAGGAAGUCGGCAAAAAGCAUCAAUGUCAGUUUGUUCACCAGAACGUUUCUGAUGUUUCAGCUCAUGAGAAGAACCUGAGAGACAGGAAGCUGCUGUUAGAUCAGCUGAAUGAGAUGACCCAGGCUGCAGCUAAAAUGGAAAAAAGAGAAGAGAACAAGAGUUUCACUGAUGUGAUGGAGUAUAAUCCAGACACUGGAAACUGCUACAUUCCUGGACUCUGGAAUGGAAACCCACCAAUGGCUCCAGUCAAUGCAGGAUACAGUGAGACUGUCUAUGAACUCAAGAAAAACAUCAUCCAACAGCUGAGAAAGUGUGGGUCAACUUCUAAUAACAUCUUGGAGUUCAGAGAGUGGAUAACCAGCCUGUGGAACGCAGUAAAACAUGAAAACUUCAUCUUCAGCUUCAGAAACAGCCUGGUGGCUGAUGCUUACAUGAGGCUCUGCACAGAGUACAACAAAUGGGAGUGGGAGUUCAAAAAGGAAAUGUACACCUGGGUCACCAAUGCAGAAAUUAGAAUUUCCAAUUUUGGUUCAUUUGCUGCAAAAUCUAAAAUAUCUGACAUGAAAGAAUUCAUCAUUGUGUUGAAAAGUGAAGCAACCACAGAGCUGACCAAGUUGGAGACAAAGAUCCUUGAAAAUCUGAAGAAAUACUUUGAGCAGCCAGAAGGUCAUGUUUAUCUGGUUGAAGGAUACAGAGAGGAAUUCUCCAACAGUGCAAAGAGUCUUCGACAAGAAACUGAACGAUCAGUGUUCAACCAGAUCACAGUUGCAGCUGAUAUUAAGGAAGGAAUGAAUGAAGUGGAUAAAAUCAAGCAGAACCAAACAAAAGAAAUUGAGAAAGCAGUUUGUGCUUUAAUUGAAAAAUGUCGUAAAAACAAAGUAAAAAUGACUGACAGAGAGCUUGAUGAAAGUUUUAACAAGAUGUGGACUGAAACACUGAAAACCUUGUCCUUCUCUAAACAGCAGACUUCAAAUAUCUUCACUAGUGUGUCCCAUCAGUUACGAACAAAUCUUAAGCGUAAGGGAAGCCAUGCAUGUGAACUGCUGAGUGAAAAAAGUCUCAAAGACUGUGGACUGGAGCCUUUUAAAUACAAACCUCAAGAACUCAAAGACAAAGCAAAAGAAUUUUUGGCCUGGCUGAUUCGUUCAAAAACAAGACAAGAAAUUGCUGACAGCAUCAUAUCUGCUUGCAAUGAUUAUGUUAGUGAUAAAAUCAAUAGAAAAACCAAUUAUCACGAUACUUACAUACAAGAGAUCCUUCACAUCAUUGAUGAAAAGCUGAACAAAGCUGAUGUUGACAUAGACAUUGAGUUUGAGGUGCCUCUGAAACAACACAUCUGUGGAUUUGCUGCCAGAAAGUUUCAGAAAAUUCAUUCAGAUUUUAUCCAAGAAAAUGAUCCUUAUGAAUGUCUGCAGAAAAACAAGGAAAAGUUCUGCACAGAUUUCAAAGAUGUCUUCCACAAACGAGAUCAAUGCCAGAAGAAAGCUCAAGAAUUCACAAACCAAUGUCUGAAACCUGCUGUUGAAAUCGAAGUCUAUCGUUCUCUAGGUCCUGAUAUUAUCAAUGAAUUGAAGAUUAGAAAGGAGUUCAGCACACGAAUGUUCUUCCAGUGUUCAAUUUUACUGGAUCUGAUUUCAAAGGAUGAAUUUGAAACCUUUAACAGAUACAUUUGUUCAUAUGAAGAAUAUGUAAAACUGUGGAUAUCUAGAAGAAUAAAGGAGAUAUUCUCCUCUCAGUCUGCAGUCUGUGAGUUUGAAGAGAAACAUCUUAAUUCCUGCAUCGACCACAUAAAUGCUGCCAUUAAAAAGGCAAAAGCAGAAAAAACUGACAGCCUGAAGACAUUUGUUGAAAAUAUUUGCAGAAAUCUUGGUAAUAAACUGGUAAUUUCCAAGGAUGCUCUUAAUGCCUUCAUGGUUCUGAACAAUGCUGAUCAGGAACAGUUUGGUCACUGGCUUGACGGGUGUGUGGAGGAAAUGACAGAAGCUCUUACAGUCAAGUUUAAAAACACAAAGUUUGAAACAAAACUCUCACGGCUCCACAUAAAACCAGAAAAUGAGCUUUUCAUCAAAAUGAUUGGUUGUGGCAAACAGUGUCCAUUCUGCAAAAUACCAUGUGAGGCAGGUGCAGAAACACACACUCACUUUGCUUCUGUGCAUCGAUCACAGGGUUUAGGUUGGUACAGGUGGAAUGACUCAAAAAAACUCGUAACUGAUGUCUGCACUUCUCUUGUUAUCAGUGACAAGCGCUUUCGCUGUUCAGACACAAAGAACAAAUACCAUCCUUACAAACAAUAUAGCGAGAUUUACCCAGACUGGAAUAUUGCUCCAGAUGGAAGCCUUGAGGCGUCAGAUUAUUGGAAAUAUGUGAUGGCCAAGUACAACAAUAAAUUUGCUAAAGAAUAUAAUGCAGAGCCUGCUGACAUUCCUGAUGCUUGGAAGAAAAUCACAAAAGAACAGGCAGUGGAAAGCCUCAAGAAGUCAUUCAACUUCAAGUGAAAUUAUAAUUGAACAUAAUUAUUAUUAUGUUCGAGUGAAACAUGAGUAACAAGAACUCUACAUGGUCCUUGCAUGUAGAGUAUUUUUGUCCUUUCUUGAACUCCCUCUAAUUUACACAUUGGUUUCUGCACUUUCACAAAAGACAAAAUAAACAGAUUCUGCCUAAUUUACUAUAGAGCUACUUAUUCUUUUUUAAAUCAUUGAUCAGUUAUAACAGUUUGCCAUUCUAUUUUUAUUAACUUUUGUUUGUAAAUGAUCUUGUCUGAAAAUAUUUAUCUUGUUAAAAAUUGUUAGAAAUGUGCUACUACAUUAGAUGAAUAAUAGAAGAGUGUUAGUAUAAAUUAAAUGUUUAUUGUUAUCAACUCAAUGAAAUCAACUCUCCACUACAGCAAAGUAGCCAAAUUACUGACAGAGAGCUUGACAAAUGUCUUAAGAUGUGGACUGAAUCACUGAACACCUUGUCUUUUUCUGAAUACCAGAUUUUAAAUAUCUUCACCAGUGUGUCCCUUCAGAAAAGGGAUGCACCCAGAAUAGUAAUGAAAUACAUAAUACACGUGUAUAGCAUGCCAAAUCUUUUGAAGUUAAAACAAUAACUCGCUGACAGCAUAAUGUCUGCUUGCAUUGACUGUAUUAGUAACAAACUUAGGAGAAAAAUCAAUUAUCAUGACACUUUUAUCCAGGAGAUUCUUCACGUCAUUGAUGAGAGGCUGAACAAAGCUGAUGUUGAUAUAGACAUUGAGUUUGAGGUGUCUCUGAAACAACACAUCUGUGGAUCUGCAGCAGAUUGUUUCAGAAAAUUCAUGAAGAUUUUAUCCAAGACAAUGAUCCUUACAGAUGUCUGCAGAAAAACAAAGAAAAGUUUUGCACAGAUUUCAAAGAUGUGUUUCAAGAAAGAGAUCAAUGCCAGAAGAAAGCUGAAGAAUUCACAAACCAAUGUCUGAAACCUGUUAUGGAAAACUUCAUCUAUCGUUCUCUUGGUCUUGAUAUUGUUGAUAAAAUGAUGACAAAAGAGGAGUUCAGCACACGAAUCCAGUAUUCAGUUUUACUGGAUCUGAUUUCAAAAAGUGACUUCAAAAGCUUUAAGAGUUACAUUCGCUCAUAUGAAGAUUACGUAAAAUCCUGGAUAUCUGGUAGAAUAAAGGAGACAUUCUGGUCUGGGUCUACUCUAUGUGGGUUUCAGGACAAACAACUUAAGUCCUGCAUUGAUUACAUAAAUUAUGCCAUUAAAAAGACAAAAGCAGAAAAGACUGACAGUCUGAGGACAUUUGUUGAAAAGAUCUGCAAAGAAGUUGGAGAUAAACUGGCAAUUUCCCAGGAUGCUCUUGAUGCCUUCAUGGUUCUGAACAAUGCUGACCAGGAACAGUUUGCUCACUGGCUCAAAGAGUGUGUGGAGGAAAUGACAGAAGCUCUUACAGUCAAGUUUAAAAACACACAGUUUGAAACAAAACUCUCACAGCUUCACAUAAAACCAGAGAAUGAGCUUUUCAACAGAGUGAUUGGUUGUGGCAAACUGUGUCCAUUCUGCAAAGUUCCCUGUGAUGCAGGUGGAGAAAACCACACUCAACACUUUGCUUCCAUGCAUCGACCAGAGGGUUUAGGUUGGGCCAUGUGGGAUGAGUCACAAAAGCUGACGACUGACAUCUGCUCCUCUCUUGUUAUGAGUGACGAAUAUUUUCACUGCAGGGCCACAAAGGGUGAAUGGCAUCCUUACAAAGAAUAUAGGGAGAUUUACCCAGACUGGAAUAUUCCUCCAGAUGUGAGUCGUCAAGCAUCAAAUUAUUGGAAAUAUGUGAUGGCCACAUUCAAUGAGGAAUUUGCUAAAGCAUAUAAUGCAGAGCCUGCUGACAUUCCUGAUGCUUGGAAGAGAAUCACAAAAGAAGAGGCAGAGGAAAACCUCAAGAAAUCAUUCAACAUCAAGUGAAACCAUAAUUCAUGUUUAGUUGUUAGAACAAAACUGGUUCUUGCAUGUAAAGUAUUUUAUUCCUUUUUUUAAAUUUUUUUUCAAAGCCCCUCUGUUUUCCAAACUGAACUUAUCCUUUCCACUGAAGACAACAUAAGUGGUUUCAGCUUACUUUACUAUAUCUACUUAUUUUUUUUUCUUUUGAUCAUUUAUAAUUUGUUCAUUCUAUUCCAUUGUGAACUUUAGUUUUUUAAAAACUAAAGUUCUUAGUUUCUUUGACUAAGAAACGUAAUUUUAUUUUAGUCAAAGAAAACUAAUAUUUUCUUGUGUGAAAAUGUUUACACUCUAAAAGUUGUAUAAAUGCGCCACUACAUUAGAUGGAUAAUUGGAGACUUUUAGUGAAAACAAAUUGUUCAUCAUUAACAAAUUGAUUCAAUCAACUCUCCAGAGUCAUUACAUCAUUCAGCAAACUGACCGCUGCAAAGUCAAUCACUGGAUGCAUUUUGCUGAGUUUCUUUACAUAGAAAAUGUAAUUUGAGUCAAAUUAUAAUGUAUUUAACUUUAAUUCUGUCCAUAUGAUGUGGUUGAACUGAUUAUAUGUUGCAUAUAUAUUAAAUGCAUCUGCUUUGUAUGCUAAAAUACUUUGUGAUUAUUAUUGUUCUACCUCUAAUUAGCAUGAGAACAAUAAACUUAAUUGAAUGAAGAUUGAUGUCAUAUUAGUUUUAUUUUAGUUAUUUUUGCUGUAUGGGUGCAGGAAUGUUAUGAAAUAAAUAUUCUUAUAUAUAUUUCCUUUGUGUGAUUGAUAUAUUUAAUGUCAAACACUCUUCAUGAAAUCAGUCAUUUCCAUAUGUUUUGUUUCCACAAAUAUUUCAUGUCUUGUUUCCAUUUUAUCAUCUUGCCACAAUCAUAAGAAUAUAGUUUUUACCAAUGUCUAGUUCUGGGUCUUAUAUUGAGUUUAUCUCUAAUAUUAACAUCACUGUUUUACUAAAAUACAGUAACUUCCAAAGUAAUAAAAAUAUAAUCGCUUUAAAACAUUUUUCAAUAUUUAACAGUUUGGUUACUCUCAAGUCUUUCUGAAUUCAGUAUAAAGUACAAAACGUUGCAGAUUUUGCACUAAAGGUCAAACUGCUCCUCCAUCGAGGAUAUUGUGUAGUGUUUAUUUCACACACAUCUAAAUUAAUAUUAUAUUCAGUCAAAAAGAUUUCUAAAAAGUUUUUCUGUUUGUUUAGUGUCUCAGUGAAAAACAAGUUUGUCUUCUCUGAUUUCAUUGUUUUGUAAAGUAAAAGAAAAAAGUAGCAUUUUAUGGUGUUACAGCAUAAAAUUCAUCUAAUCCUUAGCAGAAAUGAAUCACUAUAGAUACAGUGAGUUAAUGAUUUAUGAACAUAACCUGCUGGAUGUUUUGUUUACACAUAUGAACAAAAACACUGCACAGCACAUUUUCAUCAAAAGUCAAAGAGAAUUCAAUGAAAAAUUAAUAAAUAAUGUUUAUGAGUAUUUUUUUACAAUGGUAAAAUGAUUCACAAUAAUGAUGUAGCAGGUUAUUUUCCUUUUCAAAAUAAAAAAAAACACUCCACGAAUCCUCCAAAAAUGUUCACCCAAACAUUUUAUUAAUUUGAUUCAUUAAACUUCAAAAUAUAGAGAUUUGAACAUCGUAGUAAGUCUUUCUCACUGCCUGAUCAGUUUGGAUCCUUUCAUGAACCUUCAAAAUAUCUUGUAACUGGCAUCAUUAGAACCUCUGCAAAUGGAUCACUUAAUUAGAGAUGUUUUUUUAAGUGACCUACAAGUUCUUUGUUGAGAUUAUAUAUGAUCUCUGAAUCAUACAGUUCAGUAGAAACACAGAAUGCUUCUUCCUUGAAAAAUUAAGUUCAUAUACUUUGUUAAUCCAGUUUUUGUACUUCUGUGAUUUGCAGUCUUUCUCUUUCUCUCUCUCUACUUUUCUCAUUCUCAUUAAAAGACACAAUAUCAUACAGAUUCGCACUGAAUAAAAGUAUUAAAUUUAAGAUUUGCAACCUUGGAAAGAUAAGAUGUUAGAUAAUGACUUGUCACAGUUUAAAUAUUUUCUUGAAUACUUGUAGUUGGGUGCAAAUACAGGCCAAAGCAGCAAACCAGCUGAUUGGUGUAAGUCAGUACUCUGAGGCAGACUGAAAGGUCUAAAGUAUAAAGCACAUAUUACCCACUUUUUUCUGACCAAUCAUUGUAAUUUUUUCACAAUCUCCAUUGCAUAUAAAUGAAUUGGUGCUUGUAUGCUUUAUCUGUGUUUAAUAUUGUCUAUUUCAUGUUGCUUUGUAUGUUUGAAAUGCCUGGCUAGAAAAUAAAUCCCCCCAUUGGGGGACAAUAAAGGAACUGAACAUGUUUGCACUGCUUGUCACUUUCUUUGGGAUAUUAUGAGCAGUGAGAUGAACAGUGAAAGAAAAACUAAACUAUUUCUGAUAAUGGUAGAGGAGAACUUUACAGCAAUGACACUGAGACAGACAGACAGACAGACGGUGCAGUAAAAGUCUAUUUGAAAAAGUCAUCCAGAAUACCCAAGACUGCAGAUGUCUCUACUAUAAUGACACAUUACUAACAAAUAUAUAUUAUUUUCUUAUUUUUAUUUGUAGGGUAUUUAAGGUAGAAGAAUCUGGUUACUAACAAUGUUAAGAUAUAAUUUUCAACAUAUUACCGUAAAUCUGUUUUACAAUUCAAUUUGUUGGAUUGUUGUUCCUACCGACCUACAGGGGGCGACUUUGGACAAUGACUCAGAAAACUGUGCAGAAAUUUCUUUCUGCAUGCAGGUAUUUUUAUUUUAUUUUAUUUUGUUAUUUUUUAGCUACUCUGUCGUAACGUCAUAGACAUUAGCUGCAGUUCUUUUAAAAAUAUAUCCCAAUAGCAGAGCUGGAAUGACCAUGUAAUGGAAACCAUGUGAUUUACAAGAAACAACUGAAAAACGUGUCUAUGAAAGUGAAAGUGUUUUUCAGCAGGUUACAAAAGGACGUCUGCACUGCAGUCCUGCAGCUCUGUUAGAAGAAGGAGAGGAACUUUUUUUAAUGAAAAACAGCCGGUCCUCAAGCAAAUCUUCUGCUACGGUAAGUUAUUUAUACUGUUUUGUUGAUUGAUUUAAAAAACGAAAUAAAAGAGUGAAAAAAAACAACACUAAUAUUCACUUGUUAUACUAACCUCUGAUAUUAUCAGGGCUAAAAGACAGGAAACUAAUUCGCACGUGUGAUGCCCAACAGAUUUACUGGAACUUCAUUUUGAAUCAGCUGCCGAUAAAACAUAAAAUAUCAAAUUAAUGUUAAUCAAUGUGCUCCAGAUGGUCAGUCACCGUCGUUUACAGGGUUUGUUGAGUUAUGUUUUACAUUAAGCUAGUUUUGUGGUGAAAUGUUUCUGGAAAAAAACACUAUAUACGUUUUCCUGUUUCAAAAAGAUUAAAAUUAUAUGUAUGUGAAUUCCUGUUUUCUGGUUUAAAUGCUUAGAACAGUUAGACUCAGUACAACAAAAAUCUCCCAAACAAUCUCUUAUUUUUUUGACAAAGCUAAUAUUGAAAAUAAAUUUGGGAGCUUUUUAAAUUUGAGAUUGCAAAGUUCUUAAGACAAAUUGGCAGUGGUGGAGAGAGUACUCAAAAAAUGUACUUAAGUAAAAGUACAAAUACACAGACAAAAAGGUAUUCUAAUAAAAGUACAACAUUAACUUUUUUACUUGAGUAAAAGUAAAAUAGUACCGGCUUUUAAAAGUACAAGUACUUGCUGAAUGCAUUUGUUGGGAACCUGGGUUUUGGGGUUUUUCUUUGUGUUUCUUUUUCUUUUGUUGUUUCAAAAUCCAUCCACAAGAAAGCGCCAGAGGCUGCUCCUCCUGGUGGGGUGUGCCGGUCUCCUGUUCCCCUCAUCAAUUCUGGAGCUCAAGAGGAGCUGACUGCCAGUUCUCCGACGCCUGAGUGUUUGCCAGCAAUGGUGCCAUUCUUGAGACCCUGAGUUCCUUCGUGAGAGGAUUUUUCCCCUGGUUUUCUGGAACCUACCUCCUCGUGACGCCGUGGAACUUACCCACUGGUUGCCCGAGUUCCUUCCCCGUUUCCCACAUUCGGAGGACCGAACAGCUCCUGGAAACACCGCUUGGCAAUCGGACCGCUUCUCUGUCUCCAAUCCGCCAGAACUUACAAGUCCGCCCUCCACAGCAGCCUCUAUCGCUCCUUCCGGAUCAGCUCAACCGAGUUGGCUUCCCUGGGAACUGGACCCAAAGAGAACCCAUCUGUCAGAUCUGAACCCGACCCAGCAGUGAUACCCUCCCGGACCAAGAUCGUCAGUCCCACAAUGUGCCGUCUUCUCCGAGAGCUGCUCCCCAGGAACUGUUUCCCUCCAUCCAUCUUCCCCGAAUCUUCAAUAAAAUAUCUUUAACUGAU